UAUUAUUGUGCUUUUUUAUAUCCAAGGUUGCCAUCCAUUAAUAUUCAGAUCCGUGCUCAUUGUUUGGGCAGCCUUGCUUUAACCUUCUGAGAUUUGUCCCACUCGUCCUCAGUCAAAGGCUUAAUUUGAUCGCGAUUAUGCAUGGACCGGACUAUGACCAUGCCAGAGGAUUGUUCUUGCGCUCAGCUCUUUUUCAUACCUGGCAGCUGGUGGACGAGAAGGGAAACAAGUACCCUCUGGAGCCAUUCAGCGUGAUCGGGAAUACCGAAGACUCGACUGUGUCGAUUCCUUCCGUUCCGGUUCCGUUUCGUGUCGAGGCAGUGGCCUCUGAGGAAUUCGAUGGCUACACCUUUUACGAAGAGUGGAAAAUCGAGAACAUUGGCAACUUUGCAUUGGCUGAGUCGGUUCUCGAGAUUGGACAGGGCCAGCUGAUUCAAAUCGCUGGCCAUCGCUUCUGGUUGGAUUGGGCUGAUGAUGACAGUGAUGACUAAUGUGUGUUGACAUCAAACACUCAUUAAAUGUUAGAAGUAUAAUUAGGAAAAGCCUAGCUGCUAGCAUGGAAACAUUAAAAAUGACAACAUUGUGGCUGCACAUCCCCGAACAUGUUCUAUAUAGAGGCUCAGCCAAAAUUAUUCCAAUUCCCAAUUCAAUUUAUUUGUUCGCACUUGUAUACAUAUUUUUGCUUAGCAUAAUAUACAAAGCUUAGUUAUGUGCACUUGAUGUUGUUGGCAACUAAGGGAAUCCCGAAAUCAUCCCCAGCUCCUGGAGUGGUACGGGGUGCAAGCUGUAAAAUAGGAACAUGGAGAUAAGACCUGGAACAUAGAAGCAGAAUGGAGCAGAAUGGAUGGACGACGGGAUACCAGGUUCGCAUUUGAGUGCUUUGGGUUAGAUUUUAU